UUUAUCAUCUACAUUCAACAAUUUUUAUAGUUGUACGCAAUGCUUAAAAGCAUUAUCAACAUUAUGUUGAAUUUUAAAUCGAUCCAUCUGAUAUGGAUCGGAUUCUUUCUACUUGUUAGUAUUAGAAUGUUUGUAGAAUCUGAAUCAAGCACGUCUCAACAUCGUAACAAAUAUGAUUUUAAAAAACUAUUGGAAUGCUUCAACAAUGAAUGCUUAAAUGAAAUUUGCGUCACUAGCAAAGGAUAUAUUGGUCUUCAAACACAAAAAUUAUCGCCGGGUAUAUUCGAUGAAAUAGACGGAGAAUUUUUUGAAAAUCAUCAAUCUAUAGAAGAACGAUCAUACGCUGGAAAAAGUUGUGUUAGUGUUGUAUAUCAAAUAAUAUCAAUGCCCAAAAUUGCCACCAAUCAAUUGACAACAGUUCACGGGGAUCAUGUCAUGAAUCUGAUUCCAGAUAAUGUUCAAUAUAAUGCAGGUGAUUAUCGUAUAAAAAUUAAACGAUCAUCCGAUAUUAUGCAAUAUAAAAUAGUGAUGAAUUUGCGCAAUGUAUCUGGAUCGAAUGCAUUCAUUAAAUUUGACAAUUAUGAAAGUUACCAUGAAAAGAUAAAAUUGUCCGAAUUCGUCGGUACAACUUUACACUCAUGUAUGUUGUAUAAAUGUUACUCUUAA